AUGAAACUAUUCUAAAAUGAUUACCUUUUUGAUUAAAUUAAAAUUUACACAGUUAAUUAAGUUGAAAGCAUAAAAUGCACUGCAACAAGUUCAUAAAAAGUAAUCAUAGUAUUCAUGAUAAAUAUUGAGUAAUAGGAUCAAUUUCAGAAACUGGAUAAUUUAUAUAUACGGUGCCUGAUUUACCUUAAGGUGAAUAACAAACGAGAAUUCUUACAUAUACAGGAUAUGCAACAAGGAUGUGGACUAAUGUUGAAUUCUAAAAUACAUCAAUUUCAACAAAUACAAUUGUAUAAGGUGGAUAAGAUAUUGAAAUAAAAUGUAGUGGUUUGGAGUUGAUAAUGAACUUGAAGUCUACAUUAGAAUAUGGAAUUGUUUAAGAUUGAAGAAGACUGGACUUAGAAAAUUGAAAUGCAGAACUCCAAGAAACACAACAAAUUCUGGAUAUGGUGUUAAAAUACUAUAUUGUGAUACCAGACAGAAUUUUUAAACAAAAUCAUCAUACUAGUUUUCAAUUAAUCUUACUGUUACUAAUAUUGUUUAAUCUGCUAUAAUAUAAAUUAAUAAUAAUGCUGGUAUUGUAUAAGUUUCUAUAAAAUCAGCUUAAAUCAAUAAUGCAUCAACUGAAACUUUGGCUUUCAAUAUUAUAGGUACUAAUUUGGUGCUACAACAUUGA